CAGCAGAGAAAAGGGCGCGUGCCGCUCGAGACUCACCAUGGUUCUGGUGGUGGGUGCCGCCAAUGGCGUGCUGGCAUCAGGCCUACCCUCCAGGGCUGCGGCUGAUGAUCAAGGCUGUGGCAGAUGGAGGAUAACGUCAGCCUCCUCAUUCUGUGAUGCUGCUGAUGGGGAAGUGACGGCGGAGGAACUCCGACUGAGCCAAGUGACCGACAUCAGCAAGUUGAAGGGCCAGGUCUUCCAGACGCUCCUGAAUGCGAAGCUGUUGGCCGUCAACACGAGCUAUGUAAUCUACGCCUUCAAAGAGGGCAGCCUUCGGGUUAUCAACCAGAGUGCUAGGGACCACUUUCGGUUGACGAACUCGACGAAGGCGCGGAUCAUGGACCUGGCCCUGCCGCCUUCGGCCGAAGCCAAAGGCGACAACAUCUUGCUUUGUCUGGACGAAGAAGGAAAUCUUAGCAUCUUCCAGCUGGAUGUCCAGCCAGGUGCCACGGGUGCAGAGCGAACGCGCAUGUUUGAGAUGGCCUUGCGAGAUAUGGACAUGCCUCAGCGGGUGCUCCUGCACAAGGACCCUCGCUUUUUCGUGACAGCCCACGCAGCCAACAUGCGGCUGUGGAGCCUGCCUCGCAUCUUGCAGGAGAUGCCGAACCGCGGCUUGCUGCAUCCUAGCCCUGCACAGCUUCAGCACUGCUGCUCCAACGUGCUCCUGCCCAAGGGCUCUUCGCAAAUCCGCGACGUGGCCAUCUCUGCUGACGGCAGCUGUUUGGUUGCCAUCACUGCGGACAGCCUUUUCGUGUGGAGGAUCUCUGCGGAUGCGAGCACGGGCGCCACAGGCCUGCAGCUCAUCCAGCACUUGGCCAUGGCCGAGGACUUUACGGAGGGGCUCCACAUGCUGCGCUUCGUCGGCACGCAAUUCCAGGCCAUGGUGGCAGCCUCUGCCAGCGGCUGCGACCUGCUGGUGUACAGCUUCGACCCAGCCAGCCCAGCGCCUGUUGGGCAGCUGCUGCAGUCUGUGCAACUGGCACCUCCAGGUUCCACAGCUACGGCAUGUCUGGAGGUUGACAGAACGGAGUCAAAGACGCUGGCAGUGAGCUUUGCAAAUCGCAGAUGCUUCCUCUUGCUGCCUUUGGCCAUGGGAUGGUCGACGUCAUCCAGGAUCGCUUUCCCCUACGUGCAGCGCUUCGGAGCAGAAGCGCCUGGCAGCAAGCACACCCUCAUGACGGCAAUGUCCCGGCAGAACAAGAAGACCCUCUUCCUCUACAGAGCCAUGAGCACUUCUGGGGAGGACGGCAAGUGGGACAUCGUGGUGCACCAGCCCAGUGAGGAGAGCAUUCGACCCGAGGAGCCUGUUCCGAGUGGUAGUAGCUCCAGCGAGGCGAAGGCUGGAGAGGGGGAGACUGUGGAUACUUCGCCGCAAGUGCAUGGUCAUGGUGUCGAGGCAGAGGAGGCCAUGGGCGACGUGCUGGGCGAUGAGCCAGACAACUUUGAGGCUUCCGGCUCCACACGAAGACAUGAAGAUGUUGAUUGGCGCUUUGUGAAGCAGAUCGCUGCAUCCUUCGUUCGUGGGCUGGAGAAGAGGCGAGGAGAGCUGGCCGAAAAGAUCAUUGCAGAGGUCGUGACCGUUACAAAGUCAAGAGGCAAAAAGAACGGGGCGGGGGAAUCGGAAGUCCUGGACCAGGUGCUUGCCAAGGUGAGAGAAGCGCGGGAGGCGCAAGCAGCCAGCCAAAAUAAUUUGCACACUGCAGCUCGACAGGCUGCCGACGCAUGGACCGAGACUUCUGCGGCGAGCAUGUCGUCUCUCAUGUCGAAGGAGUUCGGCAAGAUCUCAGAUGGAGUGGCAGUUAAUCUGGCUCAGCAGCUGUCGCAGUCCAGGAAGUUCUGUGAAGCACUGGCCAGAGGUGUGCAGAAAUCGGGCGCAGCCGCCACGAAACAGGCGCUGGAAGCGCUGCGGCCGCCCAAGCAGAUCCAGGAAACUGUGGGCAGUGCCCUGGGCGAGGCGCUUCAAGAGGCGCUCACUCCCGUCUUCAAGUCGGAGCUCCGGUCGCACUUUGAGCAAGAGCUUGGCCCACUGAUCGGUCAGCGGGUCAGCGAAAUGCUGUCAGUCUUUCGGGAGCGGAUGACGGAGUGCCUGGAGGACAUCGCCACCGAGCACGAGCAGGCCGCCCAGCGGCUGGGCCGUGAUCUUGCUCCGCUGGUUGCUGAGGAGUUGCAGCAGGUGAAGCACCUCAUGCAGAGCUCAGGCAGCUCUGCGUCUAUUUCUGAGGCGCAGCUAGACGAGCUCACUCGCGCAGUCGAGGUGGAGGUUAUCCAUCCCUUGCAUGCGCGGGUGAAGCAGCUGACAGUGCAGGUGCAGGCACUGCGUGCGGAGGCGGAGGAGCUUCAGAGCCGUGCAGGAGAAGGCUCAGCAGACAGCUCCGAGGCGGAGGCCGCGCAGGCCCGCGAGCUGCAGCGACUCUUCCACGAUAGGGCAGAGGAUGCCUUCGUGCGCGCGCUGCAGAAGCAGAAGCAAGCGAGACACCAGGACUUCCUAGAGCAGCUGUGCUCCCUCGUGCCUCAGCCGGAUGCAUGGCUGACGGAGGAUCCCUCUGGCAGCACCCUAAGCACCGAGGUCAAAAUGAAUCUCAUGCAUGCGUUGACACACCAGCUCUCCAGCAAGUCAUUGGACGAGUCCGUCUUCCAGCGCAAGGUGGAGUGGAUUGAGGAGCUGUGGCUGGCUUUGGACCUUGGUGACAAGGCCGUUGACAAGCUGGCCAGAGGUCUUUGUGCACAGCUCAUCGAGGCGCUGGAGCAUGCUGCCGAGGGGCCUGGCAGGGAGCAGGCGCUGCGCAAGCUCAAGCGCACGCUGCAACAUGCAAGCAAGAUGAUGUCGCGGGAGUGAGAAUGGCGGGCUGGGCAUUCUGCCAUGUUUUCUGUUACAGCAAGGCAUGCCAGAUGCUGGCACUAGGCCAUGCAGCCAGGCAAAGCUUUUCGGAGUUCUGCUGUGGCACAUGGAUGCG